AAGGAUUCGCGACGUAAUUGGUGUUGUAUAUUGCUAUCGUUCUUUUUGUUUACACCAUUUUAAGGAUUCCCGUUGUUUUGAAUUAUGAGCUACCAGGACGAGGAGGAGCAAGUGGGAUCGUUUCCGAAGGACUUCGGAUACGGCGAUUUCGAUCACGAAAGUGAUGGCAACCGCGUGUCAGAUGAUAAGCCCCAAAUUUUGCUUAUGGGGCUUCGUGGUUCCGGGAAGAGUUCCAUUCAGAAGGUAGUUUUCCACAAAAUGUCCCCAAAUGAAACGCUGUUCCUGGAAUCGACUAAAAAAAUAGUCAAAGACGACAUCAACAACAACAGCUUUGUGCAGUUUCAAAUAUGGGAUUUUCCCGGUCAGAUCGACUUUUUCGACCCGACGUUCGAUUCGGACAUGAUCUUCGGUGGCUGUGGCGCGCUGGUGUUCGUCAUUGAUGCUCAGGACGAUUACGUGGACGCGCUUACAAAGCUGAACCAAACCGUCACCAAAGCCUUCAAGGUAAACCCGCGGAUUAAAUUCGAGGUGUUCAUCCAUAAAGUGGACGGUGUGAGCGACGACUUUAAGAUGGAGUCCCAACGGGACAUACAUUCACGGGCGACCGACGAUCUGAACGAUUCUGGCCUUGAAGGUGUUCAUUUAAACUUUCACCUCACGUCGAUAUACGAUCAUUCGAUCUUCGAGGCGUUUUCGAAGGUGGUUCAGAAACUGAUUCCCCAACUUGCCGCCCUCGAGAACCUGCUGAAUCUGUUCAUUCACAACUCCGGGAUUGAAAAAGCGUUCCUGUUUGAUGUCGUGUCAAAGAUCUACAUUGCAACCGAUGCAACGCCCGUAGAUAUGCAAAGUUACGAGUUGUGCUGCGACAUGAUCGAUGUGGUCAUUGAUCUUUCUUGUAUAUAUGGUUCACGGGACAACCCUGAUGUGCCAGCGUUCGACAACCAGAGUUCCAGCAUUAUUAAAAUGAACAACAGCACGGUGCUGUACCUGCGAGAGGUGAAUAAGUUCCUGGCGCUGGUGUGCAUCAUUCGAGAGGAAAGCUUCUCCCGGCAGGGCGUGAUCGAUUACAACUUUCUUUGCUUCCGUGAGGCCAUCACGCAGGUUUUCGAGCUUCGCUUCAAGCACCAAAAGCUGGAAACCAUCGAAGAAGACUCAACUGAUAUGACGGACAUGAGGGACUUUCAUGAGGACGUAAUACCGUCCAUGAAGCGAUUCCAGGAAUAG